AUGUCAACUCAAUCUCACUAUACAUCCAAGCUUGUGGGUACACGUAUCCUCGUUAUCGGUGGCACCACUGGUGUUGGCUUGGCGGUUGCUGAAGCCUGCAUUGACUCUGGAGCUGCUUCUGUCAUCGUCUCGAGCUCAAACAUCGACCGAAUCAACGCUGCUGUAUCGCAUUUGCGAGAUUACUGCCCCGACGCAAAAUGUCAUAUACUUGGCUUUCCCUGCGACCUGAAGCAAGAAAAGUCUCUCGAGACCAACAUCGAAGCGCUUUUUGCUGCGUCGACGUCGAAUGGAACCAACAACCUCGACCAUGUUGUCGUAACUGCCGGCGAUCGACCCACGCCAAGACCGCUGAGCGAAGUCGAUUUCAAUUUCAUCAAGGAAGCCGGAAUGAUACGCUUCUUUGCCCCUUUGUUGGUGGCAAAACAUGCCGCAAAGCACCUAGCAUCAGGUUCCGCAUCCAGCCUUACGUUCACGUCUGGCAUCAGUGCAUACAGACCCUAUCCCAACUGGAAUGCGAUCGGCGCGUACGUCUCCUCCUUGGAAGGCAUGACAAGAAGUCUAGCUGUGGAGAUGAAGCCAACACGUGUCAAUCUCAUCUGUCUAGGCCCAGUAGACACAGACCUCAUGGGCCACUUUUAUCCUGACCCCGAGAUACGCAAGAAAGCUUUGGAGGCUAUCUCGGAGAGAGCUGUGACGGGGGCAGUUGGCAAAGUCCAUGAUGUUGCAGAAUCAUACCUGUAUUGUAUGAAGGACCAUAACCUAUCGGGAUCCAUGAUAAAAACAGACGCGGGAAUGUUGUUGGUUUAG